AUAUUAGUGUAAGCUGUUGUAUAGUGUUUUGCGGGUUUGCCCCCGAGCCGAGAAGAAAGCCGCAAUCAUCAUCACGGAAGAAAGGGGCAAAACUGCCGACUGCUCACUUUCUCUCACCGGCAACCCUACACACAGAUGCAUGGCAGAGGGAGGAGAGAGAAAGAGAAAAGGAGGUAUAGAACUCGACUUCGACACGCUACUCGGCAGAGACGACGAGCCUCCCCCGGAGUUACUCAUUCAGGAUGCGCCCGCGCACGCCGAGGAGGUGGACCCGAUGGCCGACAUUCACCUCAGAAAGCUCUCCGACAAAGACCUCACCGAGAGGAUUACUAGGGUCAGAAAGUUCAAUGCGUCUAAAUUGCCCGACGGCGGCGAGAAAUUGAGAGCACUCAAUAAGAAGUUGGAAGCGGAAGUGGCGCGCAGAAAUCUUGAGAAGGAUAAGAAGGUGAUAACAUUAGCUGAUGACUCUACUGGUAAUGGUGCCAUGGAUGACUUAUCACAUCCACAAGCUCCACCAUCUAAACCUACUUCAGAAUUUGCUUUCCAGUUCUGCAGCAAGUUGGACAAAGAAAGGACAAACAGGAGUUUCCAAGAAGAAUUAUCUACUUUGAAUCAAUCUGAUCACAAAAAAAUCAGAGAGCACAAGCCAUUUUUAGCUCAGAUAACACAGAAGCAUGGUUUAUCUUCAAGACAAACACCUUUUAAAUCUCCAAAUCAUCUUUCAGCAAACAUUGGUAACCAGCAGCAAACCAAUGGUGAGAAACGAGGAAUCAAGGCAUCUAAUUCUACAUCUAAUCUGUCUGACAAAGAUGUUUCUGGCCGUUCAACAAAAAAGGAAAGUGGUGCUCAUAGUUUACAUCAACAUAACACCAGAAGGAACAACCGGAGAAGUUUUGUUCUAGUAGAUGAGGAUGAGGAGGAACUCGACGUUGAUGUAGAAGAUGAAACAGACCAAGUGUGUCAAAGCAGUAAAGAUGCCCGUAUAUACUACCCAUCAAGGGAUGAUCCUGAAGCCAUCGAAAUUUGUUACUUGGACAUGGAAUGUCUGGCUCCCGAGUCUUAUUUAUCAUCACCAAUCAUGAACUUUUACAUUCGAUACUUGCAGAAGCCAACAUCUCCAAAUGCCAAAAGAAAACAUGAUUAUCAUAUGUUCAAUACGUACUUCUAUGAGAAGUUGAAACAGGAUGUUCUGACGAAGACUGAGAGAAAAGCUUUAUUUUUGAAGUUCAGAAGGUGGUGGAAAGGUGUGAAUAUAUUCGAGAAACCAUACAUUUUCCUCCCAAUUCAUGAAAAUCGUCAUUGGAGCUUGGUUAUUAUAUGCAUACCAAAUAAACAAGACGAGUCGGGGCCAAUUAUACUGCAUUUGGAUUCCUUAAGACUUCAUUGCAGCAAGUCAAUUUUCGGUAAUGUGAAGAGCUUUCUAAAAGAAGAGUGGGAGUUUCUAAAACAAGAAGAAGUGCUGCCUGAACUGCCCAUCUCAGAGAAUAUCUGGAACAGGCUCUCUCGAAGAAUUGAAGAGAAAGUAAUUGAGGUGCCUCAACAACAAAAUGAAUACGACUGUGGUCUUUUUGUUCUCUUCUUUAUGGAACGUUUCAUCGAUGAAGCGCCUGAACGUCUGAAGAAGCAGGAUUUGGAUAUGGUACUUCUCCAUUCUAAUAAUGUGUUGCAUGAGGGCUGUAUCUUUUUGGUUUUCUUAAUCUUUGUGGUUCAUCACACUUAUUCUCCCAGUAUUAUUUAUUAUUUGCUUUGCGCAUUGUUAUUUGUCAUCAGUUCGGAAGGCAAUGGUUCAGACCUGCAGAAGCUUCGAACCUAAGGAGGAGAAUUCGCAAUUUACUAAGAGAAGAGUUUAAGAAAGCAAAUGACAGCCCAUGUAAAUCGGACUCUUGACCCCUGCUGUUAGAUUGAAGGAUGAAGUGAAUAUACGGUGAAUAUUGAUACAUCCGUCCUGACAAAUUUUGGAACGACUUUUGUACAGGAAUCUUACAAACCUGAGAAAUGUUAGAAAUGAACUCUGACCUACAUUUUAGAAACCAUCGCGUUAGUGUUAACACAAUAUUUGAGGGAAUUUUGAUGUAUAUUUGAUGAUAGCUACAAUGUAAAGAUCAGAUUUUAGGAAUCCACUUCACUAAAAUGAAUAUUGAA